GGGCGGGGCCUCGCGCUCGGCUCUCGCGAGCUGUCAAGAAGGUCGAAAGGAGUGGAAAAUGGCGCCGAGCGAGCCGGGCGGUUCUGUGAACCCGGUACCUUGGGCUGCUGCCCUGCUCCUGGCUGUGGGCAUGGAAGGGGCUCUGGCUCUACCUGAGAUUUGUACCCAGUGUCCGGGAGGCGUGCAAAAUACGUCCAGAGUAGCUGUUUACUGUGAGAAUACAUCGGCGUUAAUGCAAGCCCGAUGCUGCCUGAAUCAGAAGGGCACCAUCUUGGGGAUAGAUCUCCAGAACUGUUCCUUGAAGGAUCCUGGUCCGAAGUUUCUUCAGGCUUCUGCUGCUGUUAUCAUAGACCUUCAAGCAAAUCCUCUCAAGGGUGGUUUGACCAACAUCUUCCGUGGCUUUACCAAUCUCCAGACUCUGAUACUACCACCAGAUGUCACCUGUCCUGGAGGUAUUAAUGCCUGGGAAAAUAUUACCUCUUUCAUGGACAAGCAAAUUUGCCAAGGGCAAAAGGACCUGUGCAAUAGCACUGGAAGCCCAGAAAUGUGUCCUGAGAAUGGCUCUUGUGCACCGGAAGGCCCUGGUCUUUUGCAGUGCGUUUGUGCGGAUGGUUUCCACGGAUACAAGUGUAUGAGGCAGGGCUCCUUUUCGCUGCUUAUGUUCUUUGGGAUUCUGGGGUCCACCACGCUAGCCAUCUCCAUUCUACUUUGGGGAACUCAGCGCCGAAAGGCCAAGGCUUCAUGAACCUCACAGGGCUUCUUGCUCACCCGAGAUCGCUCUGAUCAUGACAAACAUUACUCGCCAGCCAGCGGAUCCUGCUCAAGGCUGAAGCGGCCAUUGAUAAUGAAGGAAGGUGUCAAAUUUUACCACUUCGGGGUGGUGGACACUCGGUUCAGGAGCGGACGAGUACUUGCAUGUAUUAUUGACUACAAUAAACACUUUUUUUCCAUUGUUUUAGGAAA